AUGACAUUCAUGACCAAUGACCAGAUGGACAGGUCAUUCUUGACCGCUUCCAUACCAGAGGUAAUAAAGGAGAUGGCGGAAGAAGAGAAGAUCUCGCUACUGGCAGGGAAGGAUUGGUGGAACACCGUGCCCGUUCCAAGACUGAACAUUCCCAGUAUAAAAGUCACCGAUGGACCCAAUGGCGCUCGAGGGGAUAGUUUUUACCAUAUGUGUCCCGCUACCGCCCUUCCUAAUGCAACCUGUCUGGGAGCGACCUUUUCCACGGAACUGGCCGAACUCAGCGGUUCUUUACUCGCUGACGAGGCCAAAGCUCGUCAUGCAUCCUGUCUCUUGGCACCUACAAUCAACAUCCAACGAUCACCUCUCGGUGGACGAGCUUUCGAGUCGUACGCCGAAGAUCCAACUUUGUCAGGUUUGAUAGCUGCAUCCUAUGUCAAUGGUCUACAGGAUAAAGGUGUAUCAGCAACAAUCAAGCAUUUCGUUGCGAAUGAUCAAGAACACGAGAGGAUGGGUCAAGAUAGUAUCAUCGCCUCUAGACCCUUACGAGAUAUAUACCUACGACCUUUCCAACUCGCUCAGAGACAUUCCAAACCAUGGGCAUUCAUGACGGCUUACAACAAGCUGAACGGUACUCACUGUUCCGAAAACAAAUGGUUGUUGACCGAUGUCUUAAGAGGAGAAUGGAAAUUCGAUGGUCUAGUCAUGUCAGAUUGGUAUGGUACAUACUCGGUAUCCGAUUCGGUCAAUGCGGGGCUGAAUUUAGAAAUGCCCGGUGAAGCUAGAUGGAGACAACAGACACUUAUUGCCCAUUCGAUAUAUUCCCACAAAAUCGAUCCUCGUACGUUGGAUAAGAGAGUAUCGGAGAUUUUGCAUUGGGUACAAAAACUGGCCCAACACAAUGAAGAGCUUGUCUACGCUGGACCAAGUAAAGAGAAGACUAGAAUAGAAGAAAAGGAAGCGGAUGCGAAGAUAUUGCGAAGGAUUGGUGGGGAAGGAAUUGUUUUGUUGAAGAAUGAUCAAGAUGUCUUACCGUUGAACAAACCCCAAACGAAAGUCGCUGUGAUCGGUCCCAACGCCAAAGCCAAGGUACUCACUGGUGGUGGAUCAGCACAACUUCGGGCAUCUUGGUCUGUUUCACCUUGGGAAGGGUUGGUGCACGACAAGCCUGAUGAUGUACGAUUAUCAUACUCUCUCGGAGCGACUACUUCGAAGUACCUUCCUCUCCUCGGUGAGGAGUUCACUACCCUGGAUGGGAAAGCGGGCUUCGAUCUUCGACACUACGCGAUCAAUAAAGAUGAUGGGCAAAAGGAAGAUAAGCCCGUGGUCACUGAACAAUGGGAUACGUCAGAUAUGUUGAUGGCCGAUUUCCGACAUCCUGGUCUGGGUGAUCAAUAUUUCACGGAACUGUUGGCUGUCUUCACACCCAAAGAGAGUGGAGAGUGGGUGUUCGAAUCGACAGUAACUGGUCAAGCUUGGUUAUGGAUAGAUGAUGAGUUGGUCAUUGAUAACUCCAAGUAUACCGCGAGAGGUACUUCUUACUUUGGCUCAGGAUCCGAUCCUAUCCAACGUACUUUUAAAGCUGAAGCUGGAAAGUCUUACAAUAUAAGAUACCUCCAUGACACUCGUUUACCGUCCACUUUGAUCAAUCCCGGGUCAACCCCCUUGAAUGUCAUUGGAGUCCGAUUAGGUGCUUUCCCCAAGAUCGAACCUGAACAAGCUAUCAAAGAUGCUGUCGAAUUAGCUAAGAACGUCGAUGUCCCCCUGAUCAUCGCUGGUCUGAACGCCGAUUGGGAGAGUGAAGGAUACGAUCGACCCGAUUUGUCUUUACCUAUGCGAACCAACGAACUCAUCUCGCGAGUGGCCGAGGCGAAUCCCAAGACUGUUGUCGUCAUCCAAGCUGGAUCGGCAGUAUCUAUGCCUUGGAUCAAUCAGGUUUCUGGGGUGGUCUAUGCAUGGUAUGGUGGUAACGAAUGUGGUAAUGCGAUUGCGGAUAUAAUUUACGGUAAAGUAAAUCCAUCUGGUAGAUUGCCUAUCACGUUCCCCGUAAAAGAGACGGAUAUCCCUGCCAACACCAAUUACAAAUCCGCUAGGACCAAGACGUACUAUGAGGAAGGUAUUUGGGUAGGAUAUAGGUGGUAUAACGAAAGACAGAUUAAACCAUUAUUCCCCUUCGGCCACGGGCUCUCUUACACUACUUUUGAAUAUGACAACCUAAAAAUCACCAAUCAACCACCCAAAAACGCUAAAGCCGACCAGUGGAAAUUGGAAGUUCAAGUAGAUGUGAAGAAUACUGGUAACAUUCUAGGAAGUCAUUCUGUCCAUUUCUACACCUGUCCACCUAAAGAAACGGAGACUAGUCUGAAACAUCCCAAACAGACUUUACAAGCUUUCAAGAAAGUUCAGGAUCUCAAACCUGGAGAAAACGUCACGGUUAAAGUGAUCCUCGAUAAGUAUGCCAUCUCGCAUUGGGACGAAGGGUAUAACACCUUCAGAGCUGAAUUGGGUGAAUGGUCGGUCAAGAUUGGUAAAGAUGCUGAGACGAUGAUUGGAGAAGCCAAGUUCAUUAUUGAAGAGGAGAUUGAAUGGACUGGUUUAUAA